AUGGUCUACUACGGUGCCCUCAGCAAAGGAUGCCAGCGCUGUCGAAAACGCAAAUGUGACCAACGAAGACCGGGAUGCCUCAAAUGCGAGAAGGGCAAGACGCAGUGUCCCGGCUACCGGGAUCUGGCAGAUGUUCUGUUUCGCGACGAACGUCAAAGAAUCAAGAACAGAUUUCACAAAAGUCCUGAGCCUGAGAGAGACGAAACCCUUCUCGACAUCCAGCUACACGACGUUUGUACAGGUACAGAUGUAGGACUAACCGACUUCGUACGGACGGCUAUCUCUUCAGGCACGAUAUCCACGAGCUUGGGACAGACACUAGAAGACCGAGCAGCCAACUUCUUCUUUGCAUAUUACACGACAACUGGACCGCCAUUUGGCGAUACAUAUCAGGAGUGGUUGGCUCAAACGUAUCUGGAAGACAUCCCUAGCAACGUCGUCCGGGCAGCGGUCCAAGCCGUAGGAAUGGCGGCGAUAUCCAACGUACACAAUGCACCCGAUGUGAUUAUCCAGGCCAAAGAACGAUACUGUCAAGCCUUGAACGCCACGAACUUAGCCUUACGCGAUCCGACCCUGGUCGCAGCGGACUCAACUCUCAUGGCGAUCCUCCUGCUGGGGCUCUUUGAGACCGUUACUUUUGAAAACUGGAGAGAUUACCAGACUUGGGCGACACACAUCGAGGGAGCCACAGCACUGCUUCAAGUUCGCGGCCAAGAACAAUUUUCUCGUGAGUUGGGUAUACAACUUUACAUGCAGUUCAGAAAUCAGAUACUUCAAGCCUGUAUCCAGCGAGGCGCAAGAGUCCCCGCCGCUUUGGUGGAGGUGACCACGGAAUUCGAGUCCAGCAGACUCGGGAUGCGCUACGUAAACAAUCGUCCAGGAUCUUUGGCUCUAAUCGGUUUCCGAAUCGUCAAUCUCCGCGCAGAUAUCAAGAGUCAGCGAAUCACGGACCCUGACGCCAUCUGUCAGAUCAUACUCGACAUCAAAAGCGAUUUGCAGGCCUGGGCAGCACUGCAGACUCACAGAGCUUACUAUGUGACUGAGGUCAUUGAAUCUCGCACCGGAACGUAUUUCAACGGAAAACGUCACGUAUAUACCAGCGUCUGGGGAGCGCAAGUCUGGAAUAAUUGGAGGUCGUUGGGUAUUCUGGCUAAUGAGAUUCUUCUGAACUAUGUGGACCAGCAGAACGCGUAUAAUGAGUCUUUGAAAGAGGCAAUGCGGUUUGAGGCCUUUUCAGCAAUUCGCAAUCUGUCAACCGAUAUUUGCAUAUCAACGACAGAUCUCUCUGGUUCACCAAGAGCGUCGACGAUGAUUUGGCCACUGUACAUCGUGUCGCAGGAGGAGAUGAAUAGUGCCGCGGUGCGGUCUUGGGCUGCGGAUCAUCUGCACGGCAUCAAAGUGUCUCUGGGAAUCAAACAAGCUGCUGUCUUGGCCGAUGCUGCGUGCCCAAAUUGGAGGGAACCCGGACUAAUGUCGAGUAUUGACAUCGGUUCAUGA